AUGUCCCGCAAGAACCCCAAGCCGCUUCCCAAGUUUGAAGUGGGCGAACACUAUGUCAUUCUACACGGCCUCGGGGAAGGCGCGUACGGCACCGUCGCGGCUGCGCUGCACAAGCCCUCUGGAAGAGAGGUCGCUAUCAAGAAGGUCCUCCCUUUCGAACACACCCUUUUUUGUCUCCGCACACUACGAGAGCUCAAGCUCCUCAAGUUCUUCUCCGAGUCAUGCGUCAACGAGAAUAUCAUCUCCAUUCUCGACAUCAUCAAACCUCCUUCGAUAGAAGAGUUCAAGGAGAUCUACUUCAUCCAGGAGCUUAUGCAGACUGACCUUCACCGCGUGAUCCGUACGCAACAACUCACAGACGACCAUUGCCAGUACUUCGUCUACCAGACACUGCGUGCCCUAAAGACGAUGCACUCGGCGGACAUCGUGCACCGCGAUCUCAAGCCAGCCAACCUGCUCCUCAACGCGAACUGCGAUCUCAAAGUAUGCGACUUUGGCCUUGCGCGGAGCACACGAUCCACGAACCCCGGUGGGAAGGAGGUCGGCCUCAUGACGGAGUACGUCGCAACGCGGUGGUACCGUGCGCCGGAGAUCAUGCUGUCCUUCAAAAUGUAUACCAAGGCCAUCGAUAUCUGGGCCGUGGGCUGCAUUUUGGCAGAGCUACUCAACGGGCGCCCACUUUUCCCCGGCCGUGACUACGGGCACCAGCUCGACCUGAUCCUAGACGUCAUCGGGACACCAACAUUGGAGGAGUUCUACGGCAUCACGUCGCGCCGGUCGCGCGACUACAUCCGCGCGCUGCCCAUCAAGAAGCGGCGGUCAUUCACCGCGCUCUUCCCCAAGGCCUCGCCGGAGGCACUAGACUUCCUCGCAAAGACGCUCACCUUCGAUCCGAAGAAGCGCCUGACUGUCGACCAGGCGUUAGAGCACCCCUACCUCUCCGCAUAUCACGAUCCGGAAGAUGAGCCCGCGGUUUCUUCGCUCGACUCGGAGUACUUCGAGUUUGACUAUCUCGACUUGAACAAAGACGAACUGAAAGAACUGCUGUAUGCGGAAGUGAAAUCUUUCGUGCCUUGUAUUUGA